AGAUAAACCCUUUGUUUUUAGAGGACGAAAAAGGAAAUUUUGGGAUGAGAAAAAAUUCAAAGUUUCUAAGGGGGGCAAUAAAUUUCAUCCCAAAAACUAAACUUAUUUGUUGGUUUUAUUACUUUUAUACGGAGUAUAUAAUAUGAGGUCCUCCCACUCCUCCGUCAACUUUACUAAAUCUAUUACUGGAUUCUUCCCCUAUUGAUAAAUAAUCUCUACAAUUGCGUGAAUUCACAAUGGCUAAUUCCUUAUUAUGCUCGUCCAAGUUCAUGUUACUCUUGUUUAUCGUCUCAGCCAUUCCCAUCGCCUUCAUCGUUCAUCUCGAAACCGCCGGCAAGACGGCUACUGGCACUAUUGAGUACCACAGCACCGGCUGGCUCCGGGAGUGUGCCAAGUGGGACGAGCAAGGCCGUCGAUUCAUAGUCACCAUCUUCGACGGCGGCGUCGGCCAGAUCCCUGUCCCCGUCGAUUACGGCGGCGACUCUGCCUCACCGCCGCCGAUCCUCCUUGAAACUCCUGUCGUCAAGGAUGCAGACUUGUCCGGGAAUUCCUCGCUCGGCCUCGCGAUUGACCGGCGCCGGGACCGUAUUCUGGUGGCGAUCUCCGACGUCAUCAGGAAUCGGUUCAGUGGAGUGGCAGCCUACGAUUUGUCAACGUGGAAUCGGCUCUUUCUCACUAAACUCAGCGGCGCAGAGGAUGAAAAAUCAUUUGCAAAUGAUGUGGCGGUUGAUGAGGUUGGGAAUGCAUAUAUAACAGACACUAGAGGCGGUAAGAUAUGGAAGAUUGGGAGAGAUGGAGAGUUGAAGCACAUAAUAAGGAGUCCCUUAUUCACUCCUAAAGAAUGGUACAAGAGGUUGGUGGGACUCAAUGGCAUAGUGUAUCAUCCAAAUGGGUACUUGCUAGUCCUUCACACUUUCUCGGGCAAUUUGUAUAAAAUUCAAGCACCACCAAAUGGCGAUGAAGCCAAGGUUGUUAGCGUCGUGAACGUGUCGUCAUUGGUUUUUGGAGAUGGCAUGGAACUUGUUUCACCCAACAAGCUCGUUGUAGCUGGAAACCCGACAAGGAUGCUUGAGAGCUUUGAUGACUGGGAAAGCGCGAGGGUUGUCGGGAAGUUUAGAGGCAGUGCCAUUCAUCGUUUGUCUACAGCAGCCACCGUGAAGGAUGGUAGAGUGUAUGUUAACCAUAUGAUUGGUAUGGGAUUUCCCCAUAGAAAGCAUUUCCUAGUUGAGGCUGUGUUUUCUUCUUGAAACUGUACAAGUCAAAUGUAGGGGUUUGGGGGGUAACUAAGUCACAUUUUGAGUAUAUUUAAUAUCUUUAAUCUAUUAGAUCUUUUUUUCAAUUUUGGACAUUUUGAUAAAACACUAUAUAUUUUGUCUUGAUUGGUUUGUUUUGUCACAAGCCGCUACAUAUUGCCGAACAUCGCGACGCAUGCCCCGCGAGUAAAAGACAUCCGCAAGCCGUUUGAAGGUGCGGUC